UGACUCUAGCAGAAGGAUAGUGCUUGUCAAGUGGGCAGGUAACAGUUAACUCCGCCACAAGUGGGCAAAAUAUGUCGAACUAAACCGAGUUAGGGAAAAAGCAAGCUGGAUCUCCCGAGCGCGCACAGGCUGCGUUAAACCGGGAUUGUUCCUUGGCAGCGGGAGGAGAAAUGAUAAAAUAUAGAGGAGCCGCGCGUAUAAAAUCAAACAGGAUUUCUCUGAGGGGUUGAUCGUCGGAGGGGAGGAUUGUACCAAAGUUCGACUUGAGGAGCAGCUUAUUCAUGCAAAUACAUAAAAUCAUAGGCGUGCCUUUGGGCGAUGGAGUCACAGCCGGAAAAACAAACCCCCUCCUGGAUCAUCAGCGACCUUCAAAGACUGUGAUGCGCAGCGCUCGGACGCAUUGACAGCGGCACCGGGGCAAAUGUUUUAAAAGCUGAAGAGAAAGAGAAGAGAAAGUUCGUUCUCGCUUUUUCCUACACGCUUCUGUUGACUGGCCGCACUUCUUCCUCAACGCAACUACCAGCUCCACUGCUGCGCCACUGGAUCUUCAACCACAGGCUUAUUCCGCAAACUGUAACGCACUGCCGCAAUUAUCACUAUUUGCCUUGGUUAUUUAAUAGUUUUUAUUUGAUGUUUUAUAUGUCUACAGUCAAUUUCAAAUACUGAGAAUCCUGAUGCGGAUGAAGUUACAGUCGCCCUACUUUGCUGAAUUUGUGCGUAAAGACGCCACAACUGAUUUGUUCCUUUUUUGAGAAAAAAAAAAAAAACAACAACUAUUUAAUUUUUUAAAAUUCUAUUUAAAUCGCUGUGGACUUUUUUCGCGCCACCAUGUCAGAGGACGACAGUAGUUCCACCACCAGCUAUGUGUCUGACACAGAAGGCAGCAACGUUAGCGUCCUCAGCUGGGAGCAAGUGCAGCGGCUGGACGCCAUCCUGACGGAGACCAUCCCGAUCCACGGCCGCGGAAACUUCCCCACUCUGGAGAUGCAGCCGCGGCAGAUCGUCAAAGUGGUGCGCAGUCGGAUGGAGGAGAAACAGAUCCACGUCCGGGACGUUCGGUUAAACGGCUCCGCAGCCAGCCACAUUCUGCACGAGGACAGCGGACUGGGCUACAAGGACCUCGACCUCAUAUUUUGCGCAGACAUGAAAGGUGAAAGUGAUUUCCAGACUGUGAAGGACAUAGUUUUGGACUGUCUCCUGGAUUUUUUACCCGACUGUGUGAAUAAAGAGAAAAUAACCCCGUUAACGUUAAAGGAAGCCUAUGUGCAGAAGAUGGUGAAGGUGUGUAAUGACUCAGACCGCUGGAGUCUCAUCUCCCUCUCCAACAACCGGGGGAAGAACGUGGAGCUGAAGUUUGUGGACUCUCUCCGGCGACAGUUUGAGUUCAGCGUGGACUCCUUUCAGAUCAAGCUGGACUCCCUGCUGCUGUUCUAUGAGUGCUCAGAGAACCCCAUGGCCGAGACCUUCCACCCCACCAUCAUGGGAGAGAGCGUGUACGGGGACUUCGGCGAGGCCCUGGACCACCUACGUCACAAGAUCAUCUGCACCCGGAACCCAGAGGAGAUCCGAGGCGGGGGUCUGCUCAAGUACUGUCACCUGCUGGUGAGGGGUUUCCGGGCUGCCUCAGAGUCUGAGAUGAAGUCCCUGCAGCGCUACAUGUGCUCCCGGUUCUUCAUUGACUUCCCUGACAUCGGUGAGCAGCAGCGCAAGCUGGAGUCAUACCUUCAAAACCACUUUGUGGGCCUGGAGGACCGCAAGUAUGACUACCUGAUGACCCUCCAUGGAGUGGUCAACGAGAGUACGGUGUGUCUGAUGGGACAUGAGAGGCGGCAGACCUUAGGGCUGAUAGCUAUGCUUGCAGUGCGAGUGCUUGCCGAGCAGAACGUCAUUCCCAACGUGGCUAAUGUUACGUGUUACUACCAACCCGCUCCUUAUGUGGCAGAUGGCAACUUCAGUAACUACUACAUAGCACAGGUACAGCCGGUGUUUGCUUGCCAGCAGCCUGCGUACUCCACCUGGCUUCCCUGUAACUGAGACAGCCCUGAGGAAACGAGGGAGGGAGAGAGGGUGAUUUGUUUAAACAGGAUCAAGCAGCAUAGUCGCUGCCUCAAACCUGCCCAGUGUUUGACAGCUGACAGAAAAAGGAGUCUUCUUUUUAAUGUUUUGCAUCAAAGCUUGUGUUUUUGUUCAUACGUUGAGUAUGAAUGCUAAAUAAAGAACGGCUGGCUUUCAAUUCAAGUACGUAUUUCAAAUGUGAAUGUCUCACAUUUUUCGAAAACACCGACGUCACCUGAUCCUGCCCAGGCCAACUAGGUUUGGAAAAAAGACUUAAUUUGGGUAGCUUGGAAGUAAUGGCUAUAAUGCAGAUACGUGAGAGCCUUUAAUGCAAACAGCAGAACUGUCAUCGAGACUGUGCAAGACUGAUUGAAUCUGUCAAGAACUGAUUAGCCAGCAUGUUCCAACAGCACCAAACGGCUGCAUCAGUGUCCUGAAGUUGACAGCUGCUCCAGCCCAGUUUUCAGGGGUGUGUUUCUCAGUGCCCACACACACUCUCUCUCUCUCACACACACACACACACUGGGUGAAAUCAUCUCUGGGUGUGUGCAGGGGCUCCAAAACGAGCACCCUAGACUCAUCUUUACAUCAGAUGAACUGAGGUGAGAUGCUGUUAAAUUAGUUUGGAUAACAAACCAGUAUCUCUGCCUUGCAUUUGGAUUUAAUUAUGGUUGUUUACAGACCAAAGAUUUUUUUUUGAUUGUUUCUAACAUUAAAACCCAAUUUUGAUGGGGAAAAAAAUAAACAAAACAUGAAGCUAUGUCUCUUUGUAUAUGUGAACCUAUGUGUGUUUAUAAGUGCCUAUUGCCUCUCAGCAGGCAGGGAAAACAAUGAGCAGGCCAUAUGAUUUUUUUUGUGAAUUAGCCCCACUCUGUUUAUAGUCAGGCACACAAGACAAUAGCACCCCAGAGGCUUGUGAAUGUAUAUAUGAAAUUGUGCGCAGUCAGUGUUUGUGUAUGUUUGGAUGCAAAAUAGCACCACGCGUCAGUGCAUUUUUUGCAGUAAAGUAGCAGUCAAACGUGCAAUCGACGGGUUGUUGCAAGAUUUUUUCGCGUGGAUAUUUUUGGAAACUCCAGAUUAUAUCUUCUCUGAGUGAUGCUAAAUUGUCCCAAAUGACAACAGGUAAAUUAAUGCUGUUCUGACAGAGGUUUACAAGCAUUUUCAGAUCAUCAGCAACAAAGAAAACUUUUACUCACAUACAAUAUUUCCUGUAUAUUUUGUACAGUGGUGCUUCUCUUUUUCUCACAUGAGAAAAAAUUCACAAGAUGAUAGAUAGAGACAGAGAGAGAGGAAAGCCUGCAUUCAGAGAGAGUCAAACAGAGAGCUGGUGUGUGUGUUCCUAUGCUUCCUCCUACAGUUGAAGGAUAUUUGCUGAGACACCUCAGAUGAUGAGACACUAUUUGCUGUAGCACCCUGGCAGGGAAUUCCUCAGCUGCUGCUGAAGAGCUUGAACUUAGCUGGGGUUGGGUCUGCAGAUGCUCUGUUCAGGGUUUCAGAAAAUGUUGUGCCAAACAUUUUGGUGACCCCCCUGAUAGCCCUUAAGUUUAAUGAGCCAUUUGUUGAUGUAGACAGAGAUGCAGUGUUUUAGAGGACAAGGAGAGAGAGACAGGAGAGUGAAAAAAAAGGAGAGAAAAAGGGGGAAUGUAGCGGUUAAAAGGCAGGAGGGAGAGUGAGUCAGUCUGGAGAGAUGGGUGCAGCUGGUGAUGGGGUUUAUCUCUCUAGGGCUACCAUGCUUUACUGUACAAACUGUCUCUGUUAAGGUCAGAAUACAACUUAAUGGACAGUGCUGCAGCUUGUCCCUUCUUUCAGGGGGACCAAAACAUUCUGUUAUCAGCAUUUGCUCUGUGUUUUAAUCAUCUGAUUGUUGUUUCAAAAGAGUGAAAACUUAAUAAAACUGCAUGAACUCACAUCAGCUUCAAGCAACUUUAAGUUGCAACUUAUUUUUCAUUUGUAAGGUUGCUUUAAUGAUGCCUACUAAUGGCUUUUAUGCUUCAAUCCACACUCAUUUUAAAGAACUGUAUAUAUAUGAUUACACGCCUCAGCUUUGCCAACACACUUAAUCUUUGCAAACUAGACUGCAGCCUUUCCUAAGGGCAGAAAUGGUCAUUUUAAGCAUAGAGAAGUAGGUUAGGGCCUACAACCAGCAUCAACACAAUUCUGCGAAAUUCUCUCGCUGAGAAAGCAUUUCUUUCUCGUCCUCUGUCUCGCAGAAUUCCGGAAAUCCAUAUCUGCUCUGUUCCGUUGUUUCUUCUUCUCAAUGACUGUCCACGUUGACGGUAUCCUUUGGAUUGUGCAGGCAACGUAUUGUCAUUUGAUACUCAGUGAAGUCCUAACAGCCGACUAGCUAGCUAGCUCCAGUCUGCCUGUCAGUUAGUGAUUGUGCCUAUCAGUUAGAGAUUGUGGGUUACUGCUUUGUCUUGUAUGAGUUGUCUCAAAUAUCUGUUUCUGUUCAUGCAGUCUUUUACAAAUCACACUUUGAAAAAGAAAGAAAAAGAUCUUUGUCUUGUAUGUAUAUUUUUUAUGAUUGUUAUUUUUAUAAAUGUAUUAGACACUGCAGAUGUUGCAGUGCUUUUGAAUCUGUGAUUGGGCUUCAAAGGAUAUGUUCUCAAUAGCUUUUUUGCUAUAUCAUGUUAUGUGUCCAAUGGGUCUAAAGGUUAAAGAUGUUUUCAUCAAUAAAAUAUCUGAAAACCAGA